GGAGCCAAGCGGGGUGGCCCCGCCAUCGUGCGAGCCCGCGGGGAACCGGGAGCGCGGGGAGCGGCUCCGCGCCGCGCCGUGCCCGCCCGCCGGCAUGGGGCUGCCGGGCCUCGCCCUGCUGCUGGCUGCGGGGCUGCUGCACGCCCAGCCCACCGCCCCGCCGCGCUCCUUCCAGCUGGACUACGAGCAGGACUGCUUCCGCAAGGACGGCGCCCCUUUUCGCUACAUCUCGGGCAGCAUCCACUACGCCCGCGUCCCGCGCCCCGCCUGGCGCGACCGGCUGCUCAAGAUGUACAUGAGCGGGCUCAACGCCGUGCAGGUCUACGUGCCCUGGAACUACCACGAGCCGCUGCCGGGGGUGUACGACUUCGCUGGGGACCGGGAUGUGGAAGCCUUCCUGGACCUGACAGCGGAGCUGGGGCUCCUGGUGAUCCUGCGGCCGGGGCCCUACAUCUGUGCCGAGUGGGAGAUGGGCGGCCUGCCUGCCUGGCUGCUGUGGAAAUCAGACAUCGUCCUGCGCUCCUCCGACCCCGCCUUCCUGGCAGCCGUCGACUCCUGGCUCCACGUCCUGCUCCCCAAGAUCAAGCCUCGGCUCUACCAGCACGGGGGGAACAUCAUCAGCGUGCAGGUGGAGAACGAAUACGGGAGCUACUACGCCUGCGACUACGACUACCUGCGGCACCUGCUGGGCUCCUUCCGAGCGCUGCUGGGCGGCGAGGCGCUGCUCUUCACCACCGACGGCGCGCAGGCGGAGGAGCUGCGCUGCGGCACCCUGCAGGGGCUCUACGCCACCGUCGACUUUGGGCCAGACUCCAACGUGACGGAGGCGUUCGGUGCGCAGCGCAGCGUCGAGCCGAGGGGGCCCCUGGUGAGGCACCGAGGGAGAGGGCGAGCUGGGAGGCUAGGCUGCCUGGGGAGCGGGUCACUGGGGGAUGUCACCGGCCCCUUGCCCCCCCAGGUGAACUCCGAGUACUACACGGGCUGGCUGGACUACUGGGGGGGCGCGCACGCCAGCACCAGCGCCGCGCAGGUGGCCCGGGGGCUCACCGACAUGCUGCGGCUGGGAGCCAACGUCAACAUGUACAUGUUCCACGGGGGCACCAACUUCGCCUACUGGAGCGGUGCUGACUUAAAGGCCCAGUACAAACCAGUGACCACCAGUUACGACUACGAUGCACCGCUCUCGGAGGCCGGAGACCCCACGGAGAAGCUGUUUGCCAUCCGCACGGUCAUCAGCAAGUUCCAGCCCCUGCCCGUGGGCCCCAUGCCCCCCGCCACCCCCAAGUAUGCCUACGGCCGGGUGGAUCUGCGCAAGUAUGCUGAUCUCCUGGACGUCCUGGAUGUCCUGACCCCCUCCGGGCCCAUCCUCAGCCAGUUUCCCCUCACCUUCGAGGCCAUAAAGCAGGCCCAUGGCUUUGUGCUGUACCACACGCAGCUGCCCCGCGACGUCCCGGCCCCGGCCCCGCUGAGCGCUCCUCCCCACGGUGUCUGCGACCGCGGCUACGUGAUGCUGCAGAAGGAGUACCAGGGGACGCUGGAGCGGGACGGGCAGACCACGCUGCGUGUGACCGGCAGGGCAGGGGACGCGCUGGACGUGCUCCUGGAGAACAUGGGCAGGCUCAGCUUCGGGGCCAACUUCAGCGACUUCAAGGGCUUGCUGGGGAACCUCUCCUUGGACUCCAGCCCGCUCAGCAACUGGCUCAUCUACCCCCUGGCCAUAGAUGCUGCCAUCCAGCAGGGCUGGCCCCACGCUGCCCUGCCACAAUCAAGCGGUAGGGGCAGAUCGGGGCCAGCCUUCUACACCGGGACCUUUGAGACCCCUGGCAUUGCCUGGGACACCUUUGUGAAGUUCCCAGGUUGGAGCAAGGGCCAGCUGUGGAUAAACGGCUUCAACCUGGGCCGGUACUGGCCCCGCCGUGGGCCCCAGCAGACCCUCUUUGUGCCUGGCUCAGUCCUGCGUGUUGGCUGCCCCAACAACAUCACGGUGCUGGAGCUGGAGGGAGCCCCUGCCACCCCCUUCCUGCUCUUCCUCGACCAACCCCUUCUCAACAGGACCCUCAGCCCCAGCACCUGGACUGCAGAAUAAACACGGGGCUGCCAGGCACUGUCACGUGCCUGGUAUGUGUCUCAUGCACACCAUGGUACGUGGGUGAGGGUACAGAGGAGGGCGAGUUCUCUGAGGCACGUGAGGACAUGGCUGCCUUGGAGAAGGAUUACGAGGAGGUGGGCCUGGACUCCUACGAGGACGAAGAGGAGGCAAGGAGUAGAGAAGCCACAGCCAAAGAGGACCGUGCUCCUUCUCCCGUGUCUCCUGCGGGAACCCUUUGCAAUAAACCGUUUGAGAGCC